AUGGCAGUCAAUCUUUUACUCCUUGCUUUCCUUCUCUUCUGUUUCAUGGUACUCAAAAUUCUCAAAAGACCCUCUGGGAAAAAUUCAAGAUUGAAUCUUCCGCCCGGGCCUAAUCCACUGCCUAUCAUAGGAAACAUACAUCAACUUUUUGGCUCCCCAAACCCAUUGUAUCACUUGCUGAGAGACUUGGCAAAAGAAUAUGGCCCAUUGAUGCACCUCAAGCUUGGUGAGACGUCAAACAUCAUUGUCACUUCAGCCGAAAUGGCCAGAGAGAUUUAUAAAACACAUGAUAUCACAUUUGCUUCAAGACCCUCUCAUCAUCCCGCAUUCAAGAUUGUUUCUUAUAAUUUCGCUGAUAUCAUGUUCUCCCCCUAUGGAAAAUAUUGGAGAGAAUUACGAAAAAUCUGCAACAUGGAACUUCUUAGUGCAAAAUCCGUGCAAUCUUUCCGAUCAAUUAGAGAAGAUGAGGUGUUCGAUGUAAUUAAAUCGAUUUCUUCACAAAAGGGAUCAAUUAUGAAUCUAACCAGAAGCAUUUUCUCUCUCACUUAUAGCAUCACCAGCCGCUCAGCAUUUGGCAAAAGAAACGAAGACACAGAAGAAUUUAUACAACUUCUAGAUGAAACCAAUGGUUUAGCAACAGGGUUUAGCUUAGCUGAUAUGUAUCCUUCUGUUAAGUUGUUUCAAGUGAUGGCUCCGAUGAGAUUUAAGUUGGAGAAAGCACACAAGGAGAGUGAUAAAAUACUUGAAAAUAUUCUCAAUGAGCAUAAAGGGAACAGCAAGGAGGCAAUACAGGGGGGUGGAGAAUGCAAGGAGGAUCUCGUUGAUGUUCUUGUCAAUAUUCAGAAACGCGGGGACUUUGAACCUCAGCUAACUGAUACAAACAUCAAAGCGAUCAUGGUUGAUCAUAACCAUAUGUUUGACUACUGGUCCAUUGGUAUAAAAGCCGCCAUUCUGUCAUUUGGCUCCGACCUUUCUUCCAUGAACUAUUGGUCGACCAGAGGCAGAAUUACACUGGGGGCACGCAAUAGGGAAGUGGGGGCACAUGCAGUGGGGGCACAUGCACUGGCCCCUUCAAAAUUGUGUAAUUACCCUUAUAGUUCUUUAACCUUUUAA